UGGGGUAGGGGCGGGAGGGGACAGGGUGGGCACCGGCCAUGUCGGAGGUGACCCGGAGUCUGCUGCAGCGCUGGGGCGCCAGUUUUAGGAGAGGCGCCGACUUUGACUCUUGGGGCCAGCUGGUGGAGGCGAUAGACGAGUAUCAGAUAUUAGCAAGACAUCUACAAAAAGAGGCCCAAGCUCAACACAAUAAUUCCGAAUUCACAGAAGAACAGAAGAAAACCAUAGGCAAAAUUGCAACAUGCUUGGAAUUACGAAGUGCAGCUUUACAGUCCACACAGUCUCAAGAAGAAUUUAAACUGGAGGACCUGAAGAAGCUAGAACCAAUCCUAAAGAAUAUUCUUACGUAUAUUAAGGAAUUCCCAUUAGCACCUGGUGAAGAGGAGAAUUUGGAAUUCGAAGAGGGUGAUGCCAGAGCAGGGUCUCCUGAUUCCUUUCCUGCUAGAGUUCCCGGCACUUUACUACCCAGGCUGCCGUCAGAGCCAGGACUGACAUCACUCACCAUCCGAAUUGAGAAAAUCGGUCUGAAGGAUGCGGGACAGUGCAUAGAUCCCUACAUCACAGUUAGCGUAAAGGAUCUGAAUGGCAUAGAUUUAACUCCUGUGCAAGAUACUCCUGUGGCUUCAAGAAAAGAAGAUACAUAUGUUCAUUUUAAUGUGGACAUUGAGCUCCAGAAGCAUGUUGAAAAAUUAACCAAAGGUGCAGCUAUCUUCUUUGAAUUCAAACACUACAAGCCGAAAAAAAGGUUCACCAGCACCAAGUGCUUUGCUUUCAUGGAGAUGGAUGAAAUUAAAGCCGGGCCAAUUGUAAUAGAGCUAUACAAGAAACCCACUGACUUUAAAAGAAAGAAAUUGCAGUUACUGACCAAGAAACCACUUUAUCUUCAUCUACAUCAGACUUUGCACAAGGAAUGAUCCCGACAUGAGUCACCGGGAACGUCUGUGAAU